AUGGAGAACUACCAAAAGUUGGAGAAGGUGGGAGAAGGAACGUACGGAGUCGUAUACAAGGCGCGCGAUCUCACAACCAAAGACCAACGUAUCGUCGCGCUCAAGAAGAUCCGGCUCGAAGCCGAAGAUGAAGGCGUGCCCUCGACGGCCAUCCGCGAGAUCUCGCUCCUCAAGGAAAUGAACGACCCCAACAUUGUGCGUCUGCUCAACAUUGUCCACGCAGACGGCCACAAACUCUACCUCGUCUUUGAGUUUCUCGACCUCGAUCUGAAGAAGUACAUGGAGGCGCUGCCGGUCAGCCAGGGUGGACGCGGCAAGGCGCUGCCAGAGGGCUCGGGACUGGCGGGACAGACCUUGGUCAUGGAUGACAAGAUGGUCAAGAAGUUCAUGAUGCAGUUGUGUCAGGGCGUCAAGUACUGUCAUUCGCACCGGGUUCUGCACCGUGACUUGAAGCCGCAGAACCUGUUGAUUGACGACAAGUGCAAUCUUAAGCUGGCAGAUUUUGGUCUGGCGAGGGCGUUUGGGGUACCGCUGCGGACAUAUACACAUGAGGUCGUCACACUGUGGUACCGGUCGCCAGAGAUUCUACUUGGUGGCCGACAAUAUUCUACGGGCGUCGACAUGUGGUCUGUUGGCUGCAUCUUCGCCGAGAUGUGCACGCGCAAGCCUCUGUUCCCUGGUGACUCUGAAAUCGACGAGAUCUUCAAGAUCUUCCGCAUCCUCGGCACACCCAGCGAACAAGACUGGCCCGGCGUCACCUCGUUUCCCGACUUCAAGCCCUCGUUCCCCAAGUGGGGCCGGACGGACAUUGCCAACAUUGUCACCAGUCUGGACGAGGUUGGUCUUGAUCUGCUCGACGCACUCCUCGUAUACGACCCCGCUGGCCGCAUUUCAGCCAAGCAGACGAGAAUCCCGGGCGGAUGCUACGACUGUUAUGAGAGUCUGAGGGACAUGAUGACGCAAUGGACAUGUGGUGAGGCCCUACCAGGAACGCGUCGUCCAAGCCCAAGGGGAAAGGUCUCGCAUGUAGACGACGUGUUCCCUGACACCUUCAGCCUUGCCAUGACUUCGUCUUCCUCGUCCUCUCCAAAACUGUUGCCUCCUUCCACUGGUCCCCGACUCAUCGUUUACCAUCAGACCUUCCAUGAUCCAGACGGCACAUACCACUCACUGCUGCCCCUGAUCACCAACAACACCGGCAUCACCCAUGUCAUAGUCGCAGCCAUACACCUCAACGAUGGCCCGGGCAACAUUACAUUAAACGACCACAAGCCCGAUGACAAGAGAUUUGACCAGCUAUGGGGAGAAGUCACCUGGUUACAGGGCAGUGGCGUCAAGGUGCUCGGCAUGCUGGGAGGUGCCGCAAAGGGCAGUUUUGAGAAACUCGGCGGAGACGACGAAUCUGCAUCAUACUACACCCCCCUCGCCGCCCUCAUACGCCGCUACGCCCUCUGCGGCCUCGACCUCGACAUUGAAGAAGCCGUCCCGCUCUCCACACCCACCCGCCUCAUCUCCCGCCUCCGCACCGACUUUGGCCCCAACUUCCUCAUCACCCUCGCCCCCGUCGCCACCGCCCUCCUCCCAGACCCAAACAUCCCGCCACACCUCCGGCCCCCGCGCCCCAUGCUCGCCAGCGGCCCAAGCCCCAACCCCCUCCACCCAACCCUCCCCCACCUCAGCGGCUUCAGCUACCCAGAACUCGAAUGCAGCGUACACGGCAGGGAAAUCGCAUGGUACAACACGCAAUUCUACUGUGGCUGGGGCGACGCCGGCACGACGGCCUGGUACGACGCCAUCAUCGCCGCCGGCUGGACUCCCUCACGCAUCGUCCUCGGCGUGGUCACGAACCCGGCCAACGGGGCAGGCCACGUCAAAAUUGCACGCCUGCGCGACACGUGUGCACAGUUGCGCGGGAAAUACGAGGGCGUGCGUGGUGGCUUCGGCGGCGUCAUGGGCUGGGAAUAUUUCAACGGCGGGGAUUGCGACGACGACAUCCUACACGUCGCCUCCCUCGAGCUCGGCACCGAGUCGACGCAGACGGGCUGGGUGGCUGCGCUCGGCCGUGUCUUGCGCUCGGAAAUCGUGCCCUCGGUGGCAGAUCAGGCCAGUCUGCAGAAAGCUAGACUCCAAGUCACGCCCGAUCAGAUUCGCGCCAUGGUGACCAGUCUCCCCGCUGCCCGCGCGCCCUGGCCAGACGAGCAGGUGGCGCAGUUGGUGGUGUUGGGGUUUGAGCGGCACGAGGCGGUUGCGGCGUUGAAUGCGACGGGCGGCGAUGUCGAGAUGGCCGCGGGCUUUUUGUUUGAGCAGUAUCCGGGGUGA